AUGGAUUCUGAAGCAUUCCAAAAUUCAUAAAUUGAAUUGAGAGAUAAAGUUUACAAAUAUGUGAAGAAUUAUAUGUAAAAUCAAGUAAUAUUGUAUUUUAAUGAUCCUUAAGAAAUCUUUCAAUAAAAUUAAUGGUGUUAUUGAUUCUAAAGAAAUUGAAGAAGUUAUAUAAAAUGAUAAUGAUGACGAAAAAGAUGUUGAAGAAGAAGAAGAGGAUGAGGAUGAGGAUGAGGAUGAUGAAGAUGAAGAUGAAGAUGAAGAUGAAGAUGAAGAUGAAGAUGAAGAUGAAGAUGAAGAUGAAGAUGAAGAUGAAGAUGAAGAUGAAGAUGAAGAUGAAGAUGAAGAUGAAGAUGAAGAUGAAGAUGAAGAUGAAGAUGAAGAUGAAGAUGAAGAUGAAGAUGAAGAUGAAGAUGAAGAUGAAGAUGAAGAUGAAGAUGAAGAUGAAGAUGAAGAUGAAGAUGAAGAUGAAGAUGAAGAUGAAGAUGAAGAUGAAGAUGAAGAUGAAGAUGAAGAUGAAGAUGAAGAUGAAGAUGAAGAUGAAGAUGAAGAUGAAGAUGAAGAUGAAGAUGAAGAUGAAGAUGAAGAUGAAGAUGAAGAUGAAGAUGAAGAUGAAGAUGAAGAUGAAGAUGAAGAUGAAGAUGAAGAUGAAGAUGAAGAUGAAGAUGAAGAUGAAGAUGAAGAUGAAGAUGAAGAUGAAGAUGAAGAUGAAGAUGAAGAUGAAGAUGAAGAUGAAGAUGAAGAUGAAGAUGAAGAUGAAGAUGAAGAUGAAGAUGAAGAUGAAGAUGAAGAUGAAGAUGAAGAUGAAGAUGAAGAUGAAGAUGAAGAUGAAGAUGAAGAUGAAGAUGAAGAUGAAGAUGAAGAUGAAGAUGAAGAUGAAGAUGAAGAUGAAGAUGAAGAUGAAGAUGAAGAUGAAGAUGAAGAUGAAGAUGAAGAUGAAGAUGAAGAUGAAGAUGAAGAUGAAGAUGAAGAUGAAGAUGAAGAUGAAGAUGAAGAUGAAGAUGAAGAUGAAGAUGAAGAUGAAGAUGAAGAUGAAGAUGAAGAUGAAGAUGAAGAUGAAGAUGAAGAUGAAGAUGAAGAUGAAGAUGAAGAUGAAGAUGAAGAUGAAGAUGAAGAUGAAGAUGAAGAUGAAGAUGAAGAUGAAGAUGAAGAUGAAGAUGAAGAUGAAGAUGAAGAUGAAGAUGAAGAUGAAGAUGAAGAUGAAGAUGAAGAUGAAGAUGAAGAUGAAGAUGAAGAUGAAGAUGAAGAUGAAGAUGAAGAUGAAGAUGAAGAUGAAGAUGAAGAUGAAGAUGAAGAUGAAGAUGAAGAUGAAGAUGAAGAUGAAGAUGAAGAUGAAGAUGAAGAUGAAGAUGAAGAUGAAGAUGAAGAUGAAGAUGAAGAUGAAGAUGAAGAUGAAGAUGAAGAUGAAGAUGAAGAUGAAGAUGAAGAUGAAGAUGAAGAUGAAGAUGAAGAUGAAGAUGAAGAUGAAGAUGAAGAUGAAGAUGAAGAUGAAGAUGAAGAUGAAGAUGAAGAUGAAGAUGAAGAUGAAGAUGAAGAUGAAGAUGAAGAUGAAGAUGAAGAUGAAGAUGAAGAUGAAGAUGAAGAUGAAGAUGAAGAUGAAGAUGAAGAUGAAGAUGAAGAUGAAGAUGAAGAUGAAGAUGAAGAUGAAGAUGAAGAUGAAGAUGAAGAUGAAGAUGAAGAUGAAGAUGAAGAUGAAGAUGAAGAUGAAGAUGAAGAUGAAGAUGAAGAUGAAGAUGAAGAUGAAGAUGAAGAUGAAGAUGAAGAAGGUGAAAAAGAAGAUAAUGAAGAAGGAGAAAAAAAAUGUGAUGAAUUAAGUGAAGAAGUUGAAGAUAAAGAAGAAGAGGAUGAUGUAAAAAGUGAAAAAGAAGAUGAAGAAAUAUUUUUAUUUUGUGAAUGGGAAUAAGCUUUGUAUGAGAAUUUAGUUUCAUCAAAAUAUAUUGAUAAAUAAAUAUUAAGCGUGUUAAUAGAAAUGUUUAGAAAAUAGAAUAUUUCAAAUUGCUUAGGAUUUCUUUAAAAUGAAGAAAAUCAAAAGUUUUAUGAAUAAUACAUAUUUCAUUUUGAAGAUUAAUCAUAUUUGAAAAAGUAAUAAUAAUUAUAGGUUUUAAUAAAUAACAUAAAGAAUAUUACUAUUCUUAUAAAAAAUAUUUAUGAACAUGAUUUUAGUAGAAAUAAUUAUACCACAUAAUUUUACAGCAAAACUAGAAAAUAUCUAAUUAAAAUGAUAUCUUAAGAAAGGGGAGUUGAUGAAUUCUUAAAAUUUUUAGUUCACCUAACAAGUAUAGAUAUCAGAUUUAUCUAAUGCGGAUCAAAUGCACUUAAUUUAUUAGUUGAAUCUAAGGUUGAUUUGAAGGAACAAUGUUUUGAAAAGAUUAAAAUUAAAAAUACUUCCUUAGUUGGAGCUAAUUUUUUUAAAUGCAAUUUAAGCGAAUCAGAAUUUGAAAAUGUAGAUAUAAGCGGAAUGAAUUUAAAUGGAGCUUAAUUAUAUAAUUGUAAAUGGAGUAAUUUAAAAAUAUUUGAGCUAUUUACAUUAAAAGGUAAUAGUAAAAAAGUAAAUUGUAUAUGCUUCUCCCCAAAUGGCAUAUUAGCAUCUGGAGAUAACUCCAUAUAUUUAUGGGAUGUUAAGAAGGGAAAAUAAAUAUCCAAAUUACAUGGUUAUACUGAUGGAAUCUUUUCAUUAAGUUUUUCUCCUGAUUGUAAUACAUUAGCGUCUGGUAAUGGUGAUGGAUCUAUUCGUUUAUGGGAUGUAACGACAGGGCAAGAAAAAUCCAAAUUAUAUGGUCAUAGUGGUGUCGUCAAUUCAGUAUGCUUCUCUGCUGAUGGCAAUACACUAGCAUCAGGUAGUAGCGAUAAUUCAAUUCGUUUAUGGGAUAUUAAAACAAGAAAACGAAAACUUCAACUGGGUGGUCAUGGCGAUUAAGUUCAUUCAAUGUGCUUUUCUCCUGAUGGAAUUACAUUGGCAUCUGCUGGUAGGGAUUAAACUAUCCGUUUAUGGAAUUUUAGGACUGGAAAAGAAAAAUUCAAAAUAGACUGUCAUAAUUAUUGGGGGCUAUCAGUACAAUUUUCUCCUGAUGGUACUACAUUAGCAUCUGGUAGUGUAUAAAGAACUAUCGAUUUAUGGGAUGCUAUUACAGGAGAACUUAAAUUUUAGUUAGUUGGUCAUCAAGAUUCGGUAACAUCAGUGUGUUUUUCUUCAGAUGGAACUAAAUUAGCAUCUAGUAGUAUUGGUGAUGAUGUUUCCAUUUUGUUAUGGAAUGUUUAGACAAGAAAACAAAUAUCAAGAUUAGAAGGCCAUAGGGAUAGUGUUAUUUCUUUAAGCUUCUCUCCUGAUGAUAAGAUAUUAGCGUCCGGUAGUCAAGAUCGUUCUAUCCGUUUAUGGGAUGUUCAAAUAGAAUAAAAUUAAGCUAAUUAAGUAAGCUAAAAUGAAAUUGUCUUCUCUGUAUGCUUCUCUCCUGAUGGUAAUACAUUAGCAUCUUGUAGUAAUGAGAAAUCUAUUCAUUUAUGGAAUGUAAGCACAGGAUAACAAAAAAAUAAAUUAGUUGGCCAUAGAAAUGAAGUCAAAGCAAUUUGCUUCUCUCCUAAUGGUAGUACAUUAGCAUCUGGCAGUUCAGAUAAAUCGAUUCGUUUAUGGGAUGUUAAUACAGGAUAAUAAAAUUUUAAAUUAACUGGUCAUAAAAAAGAAGUCAAUUCAGUAUGCUUUUCUCCUGAUGGUACAAUAUUAGCAUCUUGUAGUGAUGAUAAAUCUGUCCGUUUAUGGGAUGUCAGGAGAGGAUAAAGAAUAAAUAAAUUAAUUGGCCACUUUUAUGAAGUCAAUUCAGUAGCCUUCUCUCCUGAUGGUACUACAUUAGCAUCAUGCAGUUACGAUUCAUCUAUUCGUUUAUGGAAUAUUAACAAUGGAUAACAAAAUUUUAUAAUAGGAUGUCACAAUUAUUGCAUCUACUCAGUAUGCUUCUCUCCUGAUGGCACUAUGUUAGUAUCAGGUGAUCAUGAUAAAUCUAUACGUUUAUGGGAUGUAAAGACAGGAUAAUAAAAAUUUUAAUUAACUGGUCAUAGAAAUUAAGUCAUUUCAGUUUGCUUCUCUCCUGAUGGUAGUACAUUAGCAUCUUGUAGUUAUGAUAAUUCUAUCCGUUUAUGGGAUGUUAAGACAGGGUAAUAAACAGCCAAAUCAGAAGGUCAUAGUAAUUGUGUCAAUUCAAUAUGCUUCUCUCCUGAUGGAGCUACAUUAGUAUCUGGUAGUCAUGAUGGAUCUAUUCGUUUAUGGGAUGUGAAAACACGUUAAACUUCACCUUUGGACGAGAGUUUUUAAAAUGUAUAUGAUCAAUUCCUUGGCCCCCUUGAAAACAAUAUUAUUAAUAUUCUUCUUAUUUCCAAAACGUCAAUUUUUUAAGCAGAAAGAGCCUUAAUUCUAAAAGGAGAAUUUGUAAAUCAUAUGGGAAUAAAUUUAAGAUAAAUAUUUCAGUAAAGAGGAUGUUGUAUUUUGGACAGUCAACUAGAAUGUUGA